UCGCAGUUACAGUUUCUUCUGUUUCUACAUAUAUAUGAAGUCGUCACAAAACUUGAGUGUUGAAAUUUGAAGCAUCGAAAAUGAUGAAGAUGAAUAUAAUACUGGUCUUGUUUUGCAUCAUAGUUCCCUUAGCAUUUGGGGAGUUGAAGGUUGGAUUCUAUGAUUCUUCGUGCCCAAAAGCAGAGUCCAUUGUGAAGAAAGUUGUGCAGAAUCGAUUCAAUCGUGACAACACCAUUACUGCAGCUUUGCUUCGCUUGCAUUUCCAUGACUGUGCUGUCAGAGGUUGUGAUGCAUCCAUACUCAUAAACUCCACAACGUCUAACACAGCAGAGAAAGAAGCAGGCGCAAACGUCGACGUUCGGGGCUUUGACCUAAUCGAUGAAGUGAAGGAAAACCUGGAAUCUGCAUGUCCUUCAACAGUGUCAUGUGCAGACAUCAUAACCCUAGCUACACGAACCGCAGUGUCCUUAUCUGGAGGACCCAAAUACCAAGUUCCCACCGGAAGACGCGAUGGAUUGGUCUCCAACAUCAACGAUGUCAAAAUUCCAGGACCCUCCAGCCCCGUUUCAAUAAUCUCUCAAUUUUUCAACAAGAAUUUGGGCCUCACAACGCAGGAAAUGGUGACCCUUUUUGGUGCACACACUGUUGGUGUUGCAAGCUGCGGUUUUUUUGCCGAUAGACUCUCGGGUCCUGACCCUACAAUGGACCCUGCGUUGAAAGCUAAGUUGGUGAAGCUGUGCAGUGCUAGGGAUCGUGACCCUUCUACUCCGUUGGAUCAGAACACUUCUCUGGUUGUUGAUAACGAGUUCUACCACCAGAUUCUUGCCAACAAAGGGGUGCUGCAGAUUGAUCAGCAGCUUGCCUUGGAUAAAAGUACGAAAGGGUUUGUCGCAGAUUUGGCUUCUGAUGAGGCUAAGUUCCAAAAGAGUUUCGCAAAUGCGAUGGUGAAGAUGGGGAGUGUUGAUGUUCUUGUUGGGAGUCAAGGAGAAAUUCGCAAGAAAUGCUCGGUUUUCAAUUCUCGCAGCUAGAUUCGUGACUCAUUCAUUAUCUUUGUUUUUGUUCUUUUCUUUUAUGAUCACUCAUGCUAAAAUGAAAGGUAUAAGUCAACUGUGUUCCACCUAGUUUAUUAUCAUAUGAACAAUGAAUAAGUAGCAUUGAAAUUAUCGGUUUCCAAACUGUCACAAACUUUCACUU